AUGUGAAAACCGAUGGAUUCACUCUGCAGACGUGUCGCAGCAUCAUCAGCCUGAUGGACAUGGACGGCAGCACCACACUGGGUCUGGUGGAGUUUCACACUCUGUGGACAAAGAUCCAGAGAUACCUGGAGGUGUUUGAGGGUCACGACUCGGACGGUUCUGGUACGAUGAGCAGUCAUGAGAUGAGAGCGGCUCUGGCUGAAGCUGGUUUCCAGGUGAACAGUGAAGUGAUCCAGGAGAUCGUCAGUCGAUUCUCUGACACGAGUUACGCCAUCGACUUCGACUGUUUCAUUGGUUGUUUGAUCCGACUGGAGCUGCUGAACAAAAUGUUCAGGACUCUUGAUCAGCAGAAUCGGGGGAAGAUUGAAUUGAACCUGCAGCAGUGGCUCCGCCUCGGCAUCAACUAACCACAGUGUACUCCAGGAGCAUGCUGGGAGUUUUCACCUGCAGCACCUGAACGCAUCUGAUUCAAUGUGAUGUAAACAUCUCAUUGAAUUAUGAGUCUGAGAAUCUGAAUGAAAUCAAAAUAAAGUC